AUGCACCAAAUAAUUGCUCGUCAAUUAGAGGACAUCAAGGAGCAUCUACCAAUCUCACCAACUGAAGCUGCGUGGAUAAUGACUUCGGGGCGUUUUCAGAGACUCAAGUGCGCCUUCGGUACUGAAGUGGUUCAGACGCCAUGGUUAACACUUGACAUCCCCCAACUUGAAUCUGAUGCAGGUUUUCCCGACGCCCAAAUAUUCAACGGCCAAAUGCGCAUUCCAUGGGAGGAACUGCAGAAUUGCUUCGACACAAAGAUUGAUGAGAUAUCCGCUCUUUUGGAUGGUCAUAUCCGGAAUAUGUACGCCAAGUUUCCUGACGAUCAGAUUACCUACACGAUUCUUUCAGGUGGAUUUGGCAGUUCACCAUACGUAAGGCAGCGCCUACUGGAUAAGUAUAAUCGCACUGGCACAACUAGUCCAAUUCACCCAAAUGCCGACGGCAUGCAGAUUCUGGUCGCCGAUGAGCUACAACUUGUUGUGGUCCAUGGCUUAGUUUUAGAUCGGAUACAGCAAAUCAAGAAAGGGGUUGUUACCUUCGGAUCUCGAUGCUCCCCCGUGAGUUAUGGCAUUGUCUGCGACAAGAUUUACGACCCAGAUAAACAUAUUGGAGAAUCUGUCCGACUUGAUCCACGCGAUAAGAAGACCUAUGCCCGCGAUCAAAUUGACUGGCUUAUGAUUCAGGGAAGCCCUAUUCCGUAUGCAGGCCUAACCAAGCCGUUCCAACUUAAAAUGGAUCCCGGACGAGAGGAAGAGCCUUGGAAUGUUCAAAUCGUCAUGUCACACUAUCCACUCGAGAGUUUGCCUCGAAGCGUCCAAAGAGUCUGUAAUCUCAACAUUUCCACGGAAAACGUGGAUAAGAAGUUGAAGAAUCGCCACUGGUAUAACAUGAAGCCCACAUUUUGGCGAACAACAUUCGACGUGAAGGUGGUAGUCGGGCCUGCCGAUCUAUCGUUCCAAUUGUGGUCCAAAGACAAGAGAAUCCGAAACACCAAACAUGAGCCUAUCGGGGUGAAAUGGAUGCCGGCGGACAAGGAUUAA